GGGCCAAUCAGCGCGCGCGACACAGGCAGCCGGCGGCGCGGAGGAAUACGGCCGUGGCGGCGAGCACUCCGCCCUCCGACGCCGCGCCGACACCGCGCCCGCACGCUGCCCUGGCCGGAGUGAGCCCUUGGAAUUCGCCUUAGAGUAGCACAAUGGCUUCCGGAGUACAAGUAGCAGAUGCAUGCACACAGGCCUUUCUCGAUAUAAAAAAAAACAAGAAAUAUAGGUACAUCAUAUUCCACAUUAAAGAUGAGAAAGUUAUAGAUAUUGAAAAGUAUGGUGACAGAGAUAGUUCCUAUGAUGACUACUUGAAACAUCUUGAAGAGUUGGGCCCUGACCAGUGCCGCUAUGGUCUAUAUGACUUCGAGUAUGAGCACCAGUGCCAGGGAACAUCAGAUCGCACACCAAAGCAGAAGCUGUUCCUGAUGUCCUGGUGCCCAGACACUGCCAAGAUUAAGAAGAAAAUGCUUUACUCUUCAAGCUUUGAUGCCCUCAAAAGUGCAUGUGAAGGCAUUGGCAAAUAUAUCCAGGCCACGGAUAUGGCUGAAGCAUCAUACGAGUGUGUGUUGGAGAAACUGCGUUCUACUGACCGUGCCUAAACCUACUAUGGGAGGCCCCUCACGAAAAGCAGCCCUUACCCUGUGUUUGUUACUUUCCACCCUGGUGUAACACUGGUCUCGGCUCUUGCCGACCCAACUGCACUGUGAGGGGUCUUUCAGUACCACCCGCACUGCGGUCACUGCUGCCCUAGUCAUGCCCGGGCAGCAACUGUUUAUGCUACCCACGCAGCAUCAGGGGACUCAUUGUUUUAUACUUCUGAUUAUAUUAUUUUGAUUAUAAUUCAAAUUGGUUGGCAUGUAGGUGGGUGGCAGCAGUGUAGCACUGGUUCAAGCUCUGGCUGUUAUCCCAUGAUGAGUAGCAUUGGCAAGUCGAGACCCCAUCUUGUGAAGAAUGUGGACACAAGUGCCAUCCAGUGUGUUCUUCCAGAGAGACUUCUCUCUGAAUUCUUGGCAAAGAAUGUGGUUCAGUGGGUCUGCAUUGAUGAUUGACUUGAAGUUGGUGGAUUGUGCCUGGAACGCUAUACCAGUGUCGCCCGCUGCCACGUGUUGGCUGAGGCAAGUUUAGUAUUACCUGAAGCUCUUCCAUUUGUAUCUUUGUCAUCACAUCAGUGUGAAAUAUCAGUCUGCGUUCAUUAAGUAUAAUAUAAGCUUUAUAUAACGGAAUCAUGUUCAUAGGCAUUGGCCAAGUAUUGGCUCAAAGUACAUUUUGUAAUUGACACUGCUCAAAAUCUUUUGUUUGCAUUGGCUGUUGCCUUUGUCUGGAAAAAGGAAUUACCAUUACUUAAAGGGUUUUGUAUGAUUUUAUUGUAGGAUCAUUGUCAACUUGUCUAAAAUAAAUUUCUUUUUAAUGGUU